UCCGUGCGCAAAUGUUUGCACUUGGUUAAACGCUGAUUUUUCGUCUUUUUACGCGUGUAUGUCGUCUUCGCGAUGAACAUCGACGUAAGCACGACAAGUCGCGCGAACGCGAGAGACUUCGAUGAUGGUUUGAUCACAGACUCAAGUUCGACAUUAGCGGAUAAGUAUUGGGAGGAUGAAUCGUACGCGAUUGAAAAAUUCACGAAUGACGACUACUUCGAAGAGAUCGAUAAAACUAAACCGGAUGUGAGAUCCGCCGAGGAAAUUUUGCAGCAGGUGCAACGCGAAUUAUGUCUGAUCAAAUUGUGCUGGCCAGAUGCGCCAUUGACGGAAGACCUUUAUCUGAAAACGCUUCCGGAUUCGUAUCGAUGUGUCAAUGACAAGGAGAAAUUAUCGCUGUGGUACGCGGAGAAUUUUCGUCGCCAGUUUCAUGCGAAAUUCCCUGAUCGCCGACCGCUCUUAUUAGCACGCGAAAACGAAUGCGGUGUACAAAAAUUGGUAUGUACUGCCAUCAGACAAAGUACAUUGUCCUAUUCGGAAUUAUGUACAUGGCAAGGUUGUACAAAGUUUGUCAAUGAUUAUAUCGAUUAUCAACCAUUGGACAAAGUAUUCAUCAUGCCAAGAAAUUUGCGUUCACCGACAUGGGUGCUACAUUUUCAAAAAGGGAACAGCUUUGAGUAUGCAACACUUUUGGUGAGCCUGCUUCUAGGACAAGGAUAUAACGCUUUCGUGGUAAGCGGAUAUGCGUCACGUGAACAAACAUUGUGCGAUAUGACUAGAAAAACUUGUCCUUAUCUGGUAAAACCUGAAGUAAUACCGCCAAAGACAGAAGUAUCAGAUAUCGUUAAUAAAUAUUGUUUAAAAUCACCGCCAGAUUUUAGAAGUCAAUUUCUCUUAGAAUUGGAAGAUCGCGAGAAGAAAAGAGUAGAAGCCGAAUUGAAAAAGCAAAGAGAAGAAGAACAGAAACUGAUCGAUGAUUUUGAGCGUUUACCGCCAGACGAGUAUUUUGGUCGUAGAAUCCACGCUUGGGUGGUUAUAUUACCGGAUGAAAGAAGCGCGCGAAAUGAAGAAAUCAUUGAACCAAUUUUUAUCGAGCCUUCUUCCGGGCUCUCAUACAGUCUCGACGACGACGAAACUCAUUCGUUGUACCUUGGAGUGGAGAACAUUUGGAACAAUCAGAAUUAUUGGGUGAACAUGCAACGUCGCGGACAGAAUUGCAAGGACAUCAAUUGGGAUUUGAGUAAUGUCAAAUGCUGGGAACACUUGUUUCCUGACGAACCAUUUGUCAUAUCUAAAGAUACGGAAGAGAUCGAAGAGGAUAUUAUUUUGCAAAAUAAGCAUUUGGACAUGCCAACUUCGUAUGUGAGUGAACUCCACAUAACCAGUUUAGAUUUUGAAAAGCGAUAUCCGCAAGGCGCUAAGACAAUACUGUACAAAAAAGCCAAGGUGGAGUUAUACGCGCCGUACACUCAAAAUGGUCUAGUUCAGCGAGUGACUCUUUAUGAAGAUUAUGAUUAUGCUAUUUCUGUUGAAAGCCACGAGAAGUAUUUACAUAGAGAUGAUUGUCUUAUUGAAUCUAAGAAACAUUUUGAAUUGUGUAACAUCAUGGAUCUCUUUGAGAAAGGUCGGGUGGAUCAAUGCAAGACACACGAAUAUCCCAUGCAUGACGAUGAUGGUUUAUACAACAAAAGAGUAAUAGAAUUCUACAAAGGUGGAAGAUUUGAUGGAUUAUUGCGCAUUGAAGUGGAUCCACUCUAUUUGACUCAAUAUUACGUGGAUCGUGAGGAUUUUCUUUACUAUAGACAUACUGAAUUCUCAACGGAAAAAGGCAACCCAGCACUAGAUGGCAUUCAUUUUCGACGUAUUUCAAAAAUUGUUGAAAAAUAUUAUAGAAACGAAACUAUUCCGGCGUGCAAAGAUGUAGCUGAACGCGAAUUUACAAUGAUUGAAAAUGAAGUACGUCUAAAAUUUCAUUAUGAUAAAGGCCGAAGCACCAGAGCCACUCGAACAUUUAUAAAACCAUCGAUAGGAGACAGAGGAGAUCGUUUAAUCUUCGAUUCUUCAAUGACCCACGGAUACAAUCCAGAUCCGAUUGCGCCAUCAGAGAAAUAUCUCGAUCUCUUUUAUGAUUUCGAUAAACAUCUGAAAGACGAGGACCAUGUAAUAUCUUGCGUCAGAGAUACUGAAACUGAAAUUGCGGAGUAUUUGAAAAGAAGAAAAGAAGAAUGUAUAAAUUUGCAGUUCACCAUUUCUUUAUUCGAUCCAAAUCGUUCAAAAAUCCAGGCAACAAAUGAAUUAAGACCGAAAACUGCAAUGGAUACUGAGCUAGAUGUUGCAAAAGAGAUCAAUCCAGUAGAACCGUAUUUGGCACGAAUAGGAAAUCCAGAUUACGUCAGCAAAGCUCAAGCGUAUUUACUACGCAAUGAAUGUUUGAACGACUUCAAACAAAUGUCUGUUAACAAAGCAAAUCGUAUUUUGCGUUUAAUCGAAAAGCGUUCAGCAGAACUGAAAGAAAGUCAGGUCUUAUUAUUGCAAUCCGAAGACUUACCAAAAACGGAGAAAGAAGAGAUACUAGCUAAGAUUAACCAAAUAAGUUUUGAUAUAAACGUGUUAGAAACAUAUAUGAAUCGGCAUAGAAAUUUAGUACCACAAAGAUAUAAAAAAUUGUUGGAUCGUUUACGAGAAAGUUCACAUCUCAAAGUGCUUUCAGUGCAAUAAAAAAGAAAUAUUUGAAAAAAAAUUUAUGAAAAUCUAUAAUAAUUAUAAAGAAAUAAGAAACAAAAAGUACAAACACACGUAUUAGGAUGUAUAUUACAGGAUAGAAAAGGUCUCUUUUUACGCCAUAAAAAUUAGAAUUGUUUUAUAUUACCAAAGAGUGUAUAUUAAUCACAAAAAGUACAUCAGAA